UCAAAUGUCCACCGCCUGAUACGCUGCACCUUUAACCUUCAUUAUCAGUCCACAUUUACCGAAACUAGUAUCUUCAGGACUCGAAGGCGUGAUCACGGCUUCUAUAGCGAUAGUUCUUGGCUUUGGCAGUGGUGGCGAAACCACGCCAUCCCAAUAUCAGAAAUCCCACUGUCCUACGCAUCCGUCUUUCAAGAGGCGAAGGUAGCCGCCAUGACGCCCCACAACGUUCAAGACGAAGGACCAACGGACCAGUUGCAAGAUAGAAGCGACCUUCUGCCACCUCCUCCACCUCCCAAAUCCGCCAGCCCACCCCGUAUCCUCGUAAUCGGGGCUGGCUCACGCGGGCGGACAUACGCUCGCGCCACUCUCUCAUCUAGCAACGGUGUUGUCGUUGCUGUUGCGGAGCCAGAUGGGUACAAGCGCAAGCAGUUCGGGAAGAACUUCAUCUGCGGCACUGAAGAGCCCCCUGAAGGGUCGCUAUUCGCGGACUGGCGCGAAUUUGUGGCCUGGGAAUAUGCUCGUCGAGAGCGUGAGAAGGCAGGCGAGACUGUACCUGAGUGUGUCGAUGCUGCCUUCGUGUGUGUGCUCGACGAGAUGCAUCACGAUGUCGUGGUUGGUCUCGCGCCCCUAGGCCUGCACAUCAUGUGCGAGAAGCCGCUCGCAACUACCCUUGGCGAUUGUGUCAACAUGUACCGGGCCCUGGCGCCACAUCAGAAGGACAAGGUUUUCUCCAUUGGCCAUGUGCUGAGGUAUAGCCCUCACAACAUGAUGCUUCGCAAGCUCCUACUCGAAGACAAUGUUAUCGGAGACAUCUUGUCCGUGGUGCACACUGAGCCAGUAGGGUGGUGGCACUUUUCUCACAGCUAUGUUCGAGGGAACUGGCGAAAGGAGUCGACGACGGCUCCUUCGUUGCUGACCAAGAGUUGCCAUGAUAUCGACAUCAUUCUUUGGCUGCUAUGUUCUCCGCCACCUGGGUCUAAUGAAGCACCACAUCUACCCUCGACCGUUUCCUCUUCUGGAGCUUUGCAGUUCUUCAAGAAAAGUCGGAAGCCAAAGGCUGCAGGCUCCGCUACGAAUUGUCUCAGCUGUCCCAUCGAGCAGGACUGCAUGUACUCUAGCAAAAGGGUAUACGUCGGCCCUAAACACCAAGGCAUAGAGACCGGCAACACGCACUGGCCUGUCAGCAUCGUCAUGCCAGAUAUCGAAAGCUUUUCCAAGGACAAGCGUAAGGAGGCGCUUCUGGCGACUCUAGCUGAGGAUUACGAAGCAUCCACUUCGAAGGAAGAAGUUGAGAAGCGCAACUGGUUCGGGCGAUGUGUCUUCGAGUCUGACAAUGAUGUCUGCGAUGAGCAAGUGGUGAUGAUGUCUUGGGACGAGGACUCUGAGGGCAGGGGGUCAAAGCAGGCCACCUUUCACAUGAUCGCCCAGACGAAGAAGCAGUGCGAUCGCUAUUCCUACAUAUACGGCACAGAGGGCGAAAUAUAUGCCGAUUCGAGAACCAUCACGAUCGAGGACUUCCGGACGGGAGAGACUAAGACGCACAAACCCCGUCUCGAGAGCCUGGGCCACGGAGGUGGUGACGCUGGUUUGACGAGGCAGUUCAUCCUUGCUGUUGACCAGGUCAAGAAUCACGGUUGGGCCGCAGAGACUGCUCAGUCGGAGUAUAUAGGGUGCAGUCUGGAGGAGAUUAUUCGCAGCCACGCUAUGGUAUUCGCGGCUGAAGAGGCGAGGACGGGGAAUAAGGUCAUUGAGUGGAAGGAAUGGUGGGAUAAGGAGGUUGGUCAGAUCUAGGAUGGGAUUUAUUAUGACUUUACGACUAUGGAAGGGAACUUUUGGUACUAAGCAGAGUUCGAUAGGGAACAUUGGAUGAGACAUGUAGGUACUGAUAUGAACAGGUGGCGUCAAUAUCCUCAAAUAUCGAGGUAUACGUCGGUGCUAGAGACGCGUGUAGCAUCAGAUGAUGAUUAAGUCUGUUGCUUUGAUCACACGUACGCAACACGACCACAAAUAUGGUCAGUACGUAGGGCACCUUGAAGUGGAUUGAAGUCGGGUUAACACGACGAAGCGAGUCAGUAGUAAGAGGGAAUCAGUCCGACCUACCUCACGUCUGUCCACGCUUGACAAUACGUAACAAUCCGGGUUUCAUGGCUUGUACCCUCGUGAUGUUGUUUCUAUCUUGAUACAUGGGAAGCCUUCUGCCAAACAUUCGCCGACUGAGUCCUUGAGGAACACCAGCACUAAAUUGACA